AUGAGGAGGUCAAUAGGAUUUAACAUCUGUGUGGUUACCUGCAGCAUCCUGCUCUUGUCUUCCAGCCUGCCAUGCCUUUCAUCUCAGCCACUGGAGGAGAGGGACAUGACAAAGGUCCAGAAUGGUCUCUGGGCAGGCAAUGGGCUGGAAGAUGAAAGGACAGGCUUGGUGGACUUGAAAAAUAAUCUGGGCCCUUCUGAGCCAACAGUCUCUGAGGAGCCAUGUGAAGUGUCAGUGAAGCCAACUGAGAUGCCCUUAAAUGAAGCUUACACUGCAGAAGAAGCACUCCCUGUGAGCCUGAGCCAUGUCAUCCCUGUAAGCCCAACCCUUGCCAUCCCUGCCAGCCAGGACCUGGGUGAUCACAGCUCUGUUGGGGUAGUGGCUGCUGUGGAUGAGGAGGAACUUGGUCCCACAAAGUCAGAGCUGGAUGAGGACGAUGCCCUUAAGGCCAUGCUAACCACAGCUGUGACCACACUGAGCCCUGCUGUCCAGGAGGAGUCUGUUGGUGGCCCAGUCAGUGAAGCCACCACAGAGGGUGGUGUGACAGCAGAGCACAGCUCUGCUGGCUCCUCACCAAAUCCUCUUUCUGGGACAACUGUGGAGGAAGAGGAAGCAGAAAGCAGCUCACACCCCUCAGCUGCACCCCAGCCCACACUGUACCCCAGCUCUCCCAGCUGGGAAACAGCAAGUGAGCACCCAGCCCUCCCAACUGCUCAGCCUCGUGGUGUGACCUCUAAGAUGGGAAUGGCAGGAACCCGCACAGGGAGCCCUCUGAGAGCCCUGGUUCCACCAGCAUCUGUGGCUGCCAAACAUCCCCUUGUGGUGACUGAGGCCUCCCUUCCCCCAGAAGCAGGGACAGGUGCCACACAAGAGCUGCCCACCAUGGCUGGCACUGUCACCAUCCACCCUGUGGACACUGUGCCCCCUGACUGGGAUGACACAAAACUGGGGGGCAUCAGUCAAGGGGCAAGCAUGUUUCAUGAGGAGGUGACAGAGGAUCUGGGGACAACAGAGCCAUCCCAGACCCCACAGGGAGGUGUGGUGGAGGAAGAGGAUGCAACAAGAGCACUGCCAUUCCCAGUGUCCUCUCCGCCAGCACCCGAGCUUGCCAAGGAGACCAACUGCACAGCAGUGGUGCAAGGGGAGGAGCUGCAGGCAACUUCCACAACCAGCAGUGACGUUCUCCAUGCUGGGAAUCUAACGGAUGUAGACACAGCUGAUCUUGGCUUGCUGGAAAACAUAAAUGCAGUCACAGCAGAGGAGGAGAAAAGCAUCCCACCAUCACAGCCGGAGGCUGCUGUGCUGACAGAUACACAGUCUGAGCUCUCUCCUACUCUGGAAAGUUCAUGGAGAGGUGUUACUCAGGUGGUGACAACAGUUGCCCAGGAGGCUGAUGCUGCUGUAUCAGUGGCAACAGUGGUGCCUGGUGCUACCCAGGGAGCAGAAGCUGCAAGCUUUCCUCAGGAGAACAGUGGGGAGGACACCCAGAUGCUGACUGCUCCAAGUGCCACUGAGGUGCUGGUGGUAACUGGUGCUUCCUCUACGGUGAACACUCUGGAUGUUGAAGAUCUCACAGAUGGGAUCCUGGUCACCAGUGAGAAGGCUGUUCCAGCUCCUGGUGGCAUGUCUUCUACCCCAUCUGGACAGACAGAGGAGCCAUCCAGCAGAACUGUGGUCCUGGUAACUCCAGCAUCAAUGGCAUCUUCUGUCAGAAGAACAGCUCUUCCAUCUGUGAGGAGGAUCAGCACAGCUGUGACCUACGGACUGGACCGCCUGGAGUCAGAAGAGGGUGAGGAAGAGGAAGAGGAUGAAGAGGAGGAGGAAGAAGAAGAAGAGGAGGAAGAGGAAGAUGAGGAAGACAAAGAUGUAGAUCUGAUGGAUGAAAGCAUGGAGGGUGACACAGAGCUGCCAGGUUUCACACUUCCAGGAGAGACCUCCCAGGAGCCCAUAGCUGGCUUGGAAAACCCUGUGGCCCAGCUGGCUGGGGUGUCCUACCAGGUUCCGGACACCAUCGAAUGGGAGCAGCAGAACCAGGGUCUGGUGAGAAGCUGGAUGGAGAAGCUGAAAGAUAAGGCAGGAUACAUGUCGGGGAUGCUGGUUCCUGUGGGAGUUGGAAUAGCCGGAGCCCUCUUCAUCCUAGGAGCACUCUACAGCAUUAAGAUCAUGAAUCGCCGAAGGCGAAAUGGCUCAAAGAGACAUAAAAGAAAGCAGAGGGAAUUUAACAGCAUGCAGGACCGAGUCAUGCUCUUAGCCGACAGCUCUGAAGACGAAUUUUGA